AUGUUGGUCCUGCGCAUUCAGGUUGUGGUGGACUUCUUUAAGACUGCCUGUGGGAGCUGUCGCUACAUCCAGCCGGGGUUCAUAAAGCUGUGCAGGGCCAGUGUGGAGCGGCACUCACCAGUCAUGUUUCUGCGGCACAACAUUUUUGAUGAGUAUGAGGAGCUGUCAGAGCUUUCAGACAAGUUUAAGAUCAAAGCAGUGCCGCUCUUCUACUUCUUCAAGGGCGGUCAGGUGGUGGAGAAAUUUGCGACGAGGGAGCGGCGCCGAAUAGCCAAAGCAAUCAACACACACGCUGGCUAUGAAGUAUUGGACCCUAACUAG